AUGCCGAAACGGCGCUCUGAGAGGACUUUCGCGGCUUGCUGGACAUGUCGUCGCAGAAACGUGCGUUGUGACAAGACGGUUCCUUAUUGCUUGGAAUGCAAGCGGCUGCGACUCCGUUGCGAGGGUUACCACAAUCGCCUUGUCUGGGUCGACUCUGGGACUGGGGAGUAUAGCCCUCAACAACGACGAACAUAUCCAUGCGAUCAGACCUGGAAAGGGUAUCCGUCAUGGACAUUGAAAGAGGUCAGCCACCUUAUUGACGAUUGCGAUCGCAAACGAUGCCGAUGCAAACUGCACCGUGUUCAAAGCCCGUUCGGCGUAUUUUUGUAUAGGGAUCAGAUGCCGCAAGGCCUAGGGGAGGAGGGCCAAGUCGAACAGAGCACGCCCGAACCACCGCCGCGCACGGAAACACGUCAAGGCUUCGUCACCCCGACGGCAUCUACAAUCGACACGAAUGACCGGAGUCUCGCAGCUGAUAGAACUCCACCCUCCCUCGAUGAAUUUCCGCUCAGAAGUGUGGCGGAUCAAGAGAACAGGAGUGAUCUCGACUUCUCUCCGGCGACAAACUGGGCACUCGUCCGGACCGGCGACGUCGAACUCUCCUCAAGCCGGGACUUAUCUAAUAUCCUCAUGCUCACUGGAUUGACACCGUCUCUAUCUCUUACGUCGAGAAGGAAUCGCGAAGAAAAUGAAUUGUUUCAUCACUAUGUUAUUCAUACUUCGGUGUUGAUGAUGCCAAUUGAUGACGGUCGCAACCCUUGGAAGUCCACUUAUCCAUCCAUCGCAGUACGGGACCGGUCGUCGAGCAGUUCCCGCUCUCUGUACUAUGCAAUUAUGGCGCAAUCAACCCUCCAUCUGGAGUAUCUGCGGACGCCCAACCAAUGCCAGAAUGACCAAGCAAAUGCCCUGCAGUAUAUGGACGUGGCGAUCUGCGAACUGCGGAGAAGCCUAACAAAUCCGGCGGAAGAUUACAGCGCCGUGCUGGCAGCUCUUCUCACCAUCACUCUAGUCGAGCAUGUCUUCCUGGGGAAGUCCCAAGGCUGGCGACAACAUCUGCAAGGUGCGAAGGGGUUUGUGAUCCAGUACCUGCAGCAAAAGCCGUGGAUGCUGUCUCACGAUGCCUGGAUCAUCACGCAGAACUUUAUACUGUCCAUCAUCAUCGCCCAGACGGUCGGUGACUGUUCGAUGACCUUAACCAGCCAAUUAUCCGAGCUUUUCGACGUUGUGAGCGACGUAACGACAAGGCCGAACUGUGGCUUCACAAUCGGCGGGACUGCGGUCCUGCUCAGGGCCCUCUACAAGACUCGUCUCCUUGAGGAGCAAAUGGCGGCCCUCGGGUACACACCCGAUCCCCAGGGCUUGGAUGCAGACCUGCGUCUACAGGUGCAAGAUAUCGUCCAGCAACUGCAGUGUCCGCUCAGUCACGAGGUUGAGGCGUACCUUGAGCAGUGCGAGCCCGAUGACAUGGCAGCGCAGCCCCGGGGACGGAUGCUAGUGAAAUUGCAUCUCCAUCUCUUCAAUCGCGCCGUCAUGAUCUAUCUUUUCCGCGUCGUCCUCAAGUACCCGCCAUCGAGCGUGGCUUGGUAUGUGUGGGAGGCCCUCACCGACAUCCAGACUUUCAUCGACAUGCAUGACGACGGCACGGCAGUGUCUAUCUGGCCGGUCUUCAUUGCGACUACCGAGGCGUGCACCCCUGAGGCACGGACUCUGGCAAACCAUCUCCUGGGUUUCUACAAGGACCAGUGCGGAAAUCGGAAAGAUUUGCCCCGUGUUGUGAGAGAAAUUUGGGAGUACCGCGACAAACUGGCUCUCGAACAACAAUGUGACCCAGGCGGCGUGGUUGCAACAUGGCGAGAGGCUUUGAGGAGGGCAGAUGCUGAUUUACUGCUUCUAUGA